UUGUCAUUGUUAAUCAAAAAUUUUUUAAAUUAUUUUUGAAACUAAUGAGAAUUAAAUUUGCAAAAAGAGACGUUUGGUCCAUAAUAUUGGCAAAUAUUAAGCAAAGAGAAAAAGAUAUUGAUAUAUAGAAGAGCAAGACAAUUCGGCCAAAACGCCAAAUGCAAAUUGCAUUCACCUGCAUCUCGUGCGUAAGAACACAGAAUACAACUCACAUAAAUCGUCUUCGAAGCGCUACGGGCAGGCGGACCAUCGAUCACGACGACGACGUCGCGGCGUCGCGGAGCGAGAGCAAUUGACGAUCCUUUCGCUUCGGAGUCUUAAUGGCGAUGAAGCACGUUCAGAUUCGGUGGAGAUCCGCGCAGGAGGAUAAGCCACGGAAGGAUAAGCGCGGGUCUUUGUCAUGCAAAGAAGCCGUAAAAGCGGGACGUCGGCGGGGCGCGCGAAAGGGGGUGCUUCUUUUUCCUCAUUAAUUAAAUGGUCCGCCAUCCCGCGUCCAACGUCGAAUACUUUCCAUUAAUGAACGUUUCUCUCUCGAGCCCGACGCCCGUGCAGAACUGCACAACUUUCGAAUUCAUUAAGUCGCCAUUUUGCCGCGCACUCGCCUCGGCACUCGCGGAUUUUCCUCGCCUUUGUUACGGCCGCGCGCCGCCCUUCUCUCCGCGUUAUCUCACCGGCGUCAUCGUCACUGCGUCUUCGUCGUCGCAGCCUUCGAUUCAAUGAAUAAACUUCAGAUACUUGUCGUCGUGACCUUCCAUAAAUCAAUGCGGCCGAUACCAAUCUUCGAGCGUUCUCACGGAGCGCGCGUCACUUCCGAGUGGCGCGCACAUGCCGCACACGUCGCGGUUAUCGCGACAUGUAUCAUGUAUAAACAACGAAAGACUCCCCCGAGUCUUGUGUCGACUCAGCGACGAGGAGUCGCGGGCGGCGAUAAAAGUUGAAAAAGAAAAAAAAAAAUUCUCCAACGCGGAAGUCUGGCGCGCUCGCGCGAGGCCACUUAUGGUCGCGCGGUGGGGCGCUCGUAAUGAUGAUCCCGGAAACGUAUAUCUCUAUAUAAAAGGGAUCGAUUCCCCGUAGUUGCAAUUGCAGUAUCCAAUCAGUGCUGUCCUGCGUGCUCGCUAACGGGAAUAAAGCUGAUAAAACGCUUAACAUGUUCAAGCUGGCGAUCCUCGUGAUGGCUGUUGCGGUAGUAGCGGUUACAUGCGCCCCGAUGCCGGAACCAGGCCCGCUGCCGCCCUUGCUGACUCCUUAUCCGGUGAUCUACACGGCGCCCUACGUAAAAGUAUACCCGUACCACCCGGUCCCUCUGGCGUAUUAUAACAGCUACAGGUGGAUUCAUCCGGGCUCGGCCUACGGUUACUAACGUCGGUUCGGGCUAUUCGCAAAAUCGCCAACGAUCCCGUGGUCCGCCCGAGUCGCCGCAACGCGCCAAAUGAUUCUGUAUCGCGGAACAUCCCCCAAAUAAAAUAUGCUCUUGUCGCAAAACGCCGCAGUGUGCUCGACUAUGACGCUCACUUCCUCCCACCAUUCCCACCCCCCUCAUCUUUCUUCGCCGAUGUCUCCGUUAAUUCUCCUUCGCGAAAGAGGACCCUCUCGUCUCCGAGACUUUUGGCAGACUCCGCGGACUAUCGAACGGACCAUCAAUUCCGUCGGUUUGUUCGCCGAUAAAAUUUAUGAAACAAUACGCAUUAUACCGCAUAAUCGCGCUGUUCGCGGACAAGUAAUACCGUUUUAAGUCAGCCGUUAUCUGUCAGCGAUACAUUUUCAGGAUAGUACGUUUUGGUCUCGCAUUCUCUGCGGUACGGGCUAUGCCGCAAUAAACAGAUCUGCACAAAUAAUGUGAAGCAAAUACGAAACAGAUGUGGAGAAAAGAGUGUAAAGCAACAAGAUUAAAUGCUUAUAAUAGAAGAAACAUUUAUCUUCCCUCAAUCUUUAUUUUGGAUCAUUUAUAAUCUUAAUGAACCUCAGUUCUUCGUAACUUAUCGUUAGAAAGUAUACACAUGAAAAAAUAAAUAAUAAUAUAAAAACAUAGAGAAAUCCAGAAAU